AUGAGUGAUAGGUCGCACCGUGUAAGUGAUGACUGCUCCUCAGGUCCUUGACUGGCACUUAACUCUCAUAUGUGGCUCCCCAACGCUAGACUCCGCCUAGCGGACAGACCCCAGUAAUUGCCUAGACCGGUGUGCUAAACUAGGUGAGGGUGGCCGGUGCUGCGUGUUCCCCACGCCCGGUAGAUCCUUCCCCUUUCCUCCCUCCCUUCCCCACCCUCCUACCCCUUUCCCCCCCUUUCAUCCAUUCCUCCCUUCCCCUUUCUUCUCAUUCCACCCCCCUAUUUCAGUUUAAAAUGCCGUACGGAGAGGAGAGAUUGCGGUAGCUGUUGCGCAAGUCUUCUAUCACUAUAAAUUAAUUCACGCAUAAGUCACCGUCCCUGCUCUCAUCCUCACGGUGGACAUAGUCGAAAUCGACGGUCGAAGUGUCAUGUCUGAAAAGCAGUGUGACCGUCUGACUAAGUAAUGAAAGGGUGCUAGCGCACUGUCUAAAGUUGACUUCGUAAAGUAGUACGGACCUCCUUCAUUUACCGCCUCCGUGUUAUCGGUCAAGUACGCCUUAUUUGCCGCUCAGGCUGCCCGCAUCGACGGAUUUCCGGGCGUCACCACAGCCCUGGGUACUCUGCGCAUUCGUGGCGACCUCCUUCUGGCCAGUUUCUCAAGUUCAGAACUCGCAGACGCUCUGUGCGCCUACAUCAGGUUCCUCAAUCUUUUGCCCUCGCCAAUCCUACAUAGCGGCACUCACCAGCUCACAAAUGCGCUUCUUGCUGCCAACGCCACCAAGUCUGCCGCCGCCGCCGCCGAUACCGCUGCUGAACUGGCUCCCGUUGACACAGCCUGCCCUAAGGAGAGGUUGGCCUAAAAUCCCCCAAAUAGCCUAGGCUAACUCGGGGCCUUCUCCACUAAACAAGACCCUGACUCACAAUGGAUUUCGGAAACUGUCUGGGAUGUCCAAACAGCCCUAUUUCCGAUAGCACUUCUUGCCUCUUCGAGGGGAUUGGGGCCGGAAAAUGCACUCCAAUCAAGGGUUGGGAAAUCAUGUCAUCUGCACGCAGACCGCGGAAUGUGGAUUCAAAAAUCACGGUCGAAAAACAACAACCCUUGUUCCCCUUCAAUCCACCCCGCUCCCCCCUUCUGCAAGGAUGAGUCCGCUUACUCUGGAAGCCUGGAAUGUUUGUUCCCUUUUAGAUAAUCUGAGGAGCAAUCGAUCAAAACGGAGGACGGCUCAGUCACUCGAGGACUGGCGCGCUACAAGGUGCACAUCGCUGGUCUCAGCGACAUCCGCUUCUCCGAACACUGAGAAAAUUGUGGUCGAUUCAUUCUCAAGCCGAAGUCAAAGUUCUCAAAGUUCCACGAAAGGCGAAAUAUUGAUGACUUCAAAAACUACCAAACACCGUGGUAGGAGGGUGCUCACCGAUCGCCCGUUGCGCCUUGGGGCUCUCUCUCGAGCCCCGCCAGCAGCCACAUAGCGGCGCGUGAGAUGGACAGAAACGCAUUACCGACAAAGACAAGGCAGACUGGAAUGGCCACUUCUGGCUUAUUAGCUGUCGUUAGACAGUAAUACCCAACCCCGAAAUUUGGAAAACCUGCUGCUAGAUCCCACGAUCUGUUGGCUAUAAGUACAACGCCCCUAACCACUGAGUCAUGGGCUCGUCGUCCUGUACGUUGCGAUCGGGUAUAUACAAUGGUAAGGGGGCGCUCACCGAUCGCGCCCUCAGUUUUCUUCAGCGGAUACUAAAGCUAAGGUGGUAGGACCGUAUCCCGGACACGUAUGUACUGGAAUGAACAGGAAUCCUCAGAAUCCACGCCAUGCUGAGACUAUUGAAACUACGCUGGAACGGUCAUCUUGUGCCGAUUGACGAAGAUCUGCUAAUCAAACGACUCUUCUAUGGAGAUGUCACCACGGGUUCUCGUUGACAAAGGUCAAGUCUGACGCUACAAGGAGACUGCGAGGACUUUUUAGGGUUACAAGACGUCAUAUAAGCAGUACGAGUACUCGCUAAAAGCCCAGCCAAGCGUGUUUCGCCGACAUUCUGUCGCUGCAUGGCACGGCUGCGUGGUGGCCGGCUCAUCAAUGGGUCCACCAGCAUUCUCUGCCUUUUAAUUUCCUCAGCAAUUAACUGCGAACUUAGAGGUCAGCAUAUAAUAAAGUCGAUGCGGGGGAACCCACUGAUGGGCCGAACCCCUCACAGCUGUGCCACGCAGCGGCAGAAUAUCGGCAGAACACGCGUGUCUGGGCUUUUAGCUAGUACAUGUGUUGCUAGUAUGGAAUUUUGUAAUCCAAAGCUAUGCUACUAGCUGUCUGUCGGCAGUUAGCGAAUAUAACGCGGUUAUCCCGCUGUAGCUGAUGGACUUCGGCCCAAACAUCCAUACAUCAAAUUUCGGUCUGCGUCAAUGGAUCUUAGUGUAUACUGACCUACUCUAAGUUCGUAGUUGGUUUAUGAGGAAACUAAAAAGCAACACCUCUGAGGACUUCCCUGAAGCGCCUGAAGACCAACUUGGCCAACUGGAAAGACCUCACCGGGACCAACCGGCCUGGAGGAGGACAGUGAAGACUGACUCAGCGAGCUACGAAGCCAACCGCAUAACCGCUGUCAAGGUCAAAAGGGAAGCUCGCAAAUCUCAACUGCCCCCACCUCGCAGCACCCGGACGACACCAUCCGAUGUCACCCCGCCAGCCUCUGCCUCGUCCCCCAAUAUCGGCAAUCAACACUAA